AUGCAUUUCAACUACACGGCAGACUCUCUCUUCCUGGAGCCCCCUCACUCGCACGACCCAAGCAACGUCUCGCACGUGGCGGCCCUGCCGGCCGACAUGCUCAACCAACUGCCCGAGCCCGUGCAGAACGCACUGUGGAAACUCCAGGAAUCCACGUCGGUCGUGUACGCCUCGUAUCUCCGGCUGCAAGCCCUGCUGGACGAGCGGUUCGACAGACUGACUCCUCUGCCUGGGAUGCCUGGAUCAUAUUCCGAAACCUCCUUCUUCAACUACAUCAACGCCGUGUCCGCGGAACGGGCCUACCUGCUACAGGACGCGCAUCCGGACUGGAAGCACAAAGCCCGGCUGGCGGGCCUGCUGUCGCCGAGCUCGCCAUACGCCAACAUCCCCGUGACGUACCGCGGCAAAUCCAUGACCGUGGCCGAGUGGAUGCAACAGCUCAACGCGGCGGAAGAGCUGUGGAUCCAAUCCGCGCGCGACGCCGUCCUGCCGGACUUUGAAGGCACCGUGCUCGAGUACCAGUCGCAGAGCGAGAUGGAGAGCGAGAGCGAGAGUGCCACACCCAGCGAGGCGUCCUUCUCAGAGGACGACCGCUGCUGGGGUGCGAACGCGCCGGUGGGCGUGGUGCGGAAGCUGCCCGACGCGGUGAAACCACAGAUUGGGCACGCGCACCCGCACCCGCACGAAUUGGGCCCGGAGCGGAUCGUGCAGGCUCUGCAGGCGCUAUGA